AUGACAACCAACAACCCAGCCCAGCCCGGCGACAGCGACAGCGACGGCUGCGGCGACGCAAACAACGAUUACAACACGCUCGAACCCUACUAUGAGACGGAUCACCUCGUCUUUCUCGUCCACGUCCCGCGCUUGACUCGUAAGGGAUAUAUCAGGUAUCUCUACGUCGAUCUCAAAGAUGUCAUUCAGCCAAAAUCCUUGGGUGGCGGCGCCCACAGGGGCCAUAUGUUCAAGUUCUCCGUCAAGAUCAUGCAGGCCAGAGCGGGGGACACAACAACAACACCCGAUGGCCCGGGCAACGACGGCAGAGUGCCAGAGGGGGUCGUCAGGGUACAUGUAACCAGCCAGUCUUGCCAGGACCCGUUACACCGCUAUCCAGCGGCCCGAAUGCGCCCCAUAGGCCGGGUCCGGCGCGACGCAUGUCCCGACGACGUCAGGCGGGCUUAUGAAGAAGUCCGAGACCAACUUGAAGCCGACCUCGACCUCGAGUGUUGCCAUAACUGGACCGACGCCGCCAUUCAAAGGCUCCGCGACUCUGGAGUGCUGCGAGAGCUACGCCCCCACGACGACCCGGCUGUGCGGUUCGGCAAAGACGCUGUCAAUGACGGUACCUUCUGA